CCUCGUCUUGCUCAAGCUCUUGCUCUCUCUGCUCCACCACAUCAGCCAAAAUGCCGAGACCAACAGGAUGGACUCCAGCAACCUGGCCAUCUGCAUUGGCCCAAAUAUGCUGAGCCCAGGGACGGACAGCGCGCUCCCGCUGGAAGUGCAGAAGGAGAUGAAUGACAAGGUGACAGUGUUGGUGGAGUUCCUCAUAAACAACUGCUUGGAAAUAUUUGAGGGGGACAUUGCCUUCCCUGCCUGUGCCUUGGCUGAGGAGUCACCAGAGCACACAGACAGCUCCACAGGAAUUAUCCAAGGGACAAUUGUCAACUGGAAGAUUUUAAUUUCUGCCAUUUCUACCUUGUGUUUUAUUGGCUGGAAAAUUUAAUUAGAGGGUGUUGAGUUGUAG